CCUCACCUGUUCACUCCCAUGAGCCCUUAUGAUGUGGAACUUCCAAGUCAAACAAUCAAAGAUGAGUUCGGUUCUCAAUUUAAUCAGCCCGAAGAGCUCCAUGCAGACUUCUCCUCUGUGGACCUCAGCUUUCUUCCAGAUGUCACCCAAGAUAACAAAGAACAAAAGCUCGAUGUGCCAGUACCAAAAAAUGAGGACAGCGGUAUCUUCACGGAUGAAAGCAGCUUCUCAAAUCCAGAUGUGACUCAGCCAUCUCCUGAAACAUCUGGGAUGUGUCCUCAUCUGACUCCAAUGACUCCUGUGACCCCACUGUCAUCUGCAUCAGAAGGCUCUGGCACACUUCCUCAGCUACAGAAUAUUGUGUCGACUGUAAACUUGGCUUGUAAACUGGAUCUGAAGAACAUAGCUCUGCAUGCCAGAAAUGCAGAGUAUAACCCAAAGAGGUUUGCUGCUGUGAUCAUGAGAAUCAGGGAACCACGGACAACAGCCCUCAUCUUCAGUUCUGGAAAAAUGGUCUGCACGGGAGCAAAAAGUGAGGAGCAGUCCCGGCUGGCAGCCAGGAAAUUCGCACGGGUGGUGCAGAAACUCGGCUUCCCUGCCAAGUUCUUGGACUUCAAGAUCCAGAAUAUGGUUGGGAGCUGUGAUGUGAGGUUCCCCAUCCGGCUGGAAGGCUUGGUUCUCACUCACCAGCAGUUCAGCAGCUAUGAACCUGAACUAUUCCCUGGCCUCAUUUAUAGGAUGGUCAAACCACGGAUAGUGCUGCUUAUCUUUGUGUCUGGAAAAGUUGUACUGACUGGAGCAAAAGACCGUUCUGAAAUCUAUGAGGCGUUUGAGAACAUCUACCCCAUUCUAAAAGGCUUCAAGAAACCAUCAUAA